CUAAAUUCCCCAGAGCUCUCUAAAUCUGACCUCAUUAUCAUCCAUCCCACCACCUCCAACCAAACCGCAUUUCUCAACGUCCUCACGAUCGCAACAAUGGCUUCAAUUGCUCGCAGCAUGAGGGCAGUCCGCCCCUCCACCCUCUCCCAGAUCACAAAGGCCGCCCCCCGCGCAGCUUUCCCCCGUCCCGCGCAGCGCGCCUUCUCUACGACCCCCAGCAGCUUAAUACGCAAGUACACAAAGGACCACGAGUGGGUUGACCUCAACGCCGACAAGAAGACGGGCGUCGUCGGCAUCUCGGAGUAUGCCGCUGAGCAGCUGGGCGACGUCGUCUACGUCGAGUUGCCCGAGGAGGGCGCCCAGGUCGCCCAGGGCGACGCCAUUGGCGCCGUCGAGUCCGUCAAGAGCGCCGCCGACAUCAACGCUCCCAUCAGUUGCAAGGUCACCCAGGUCAACCUCGGCCUUGAGGAGAAGCCCGGCACCAUCAACAAGGUCCCCGAGGACGACUCCCACGGCGGCGGUUGGAUCGCAAAGGUUGAGGUCGAUGAGGCCGGCGUUCAGCAGCUCGAGGCCCUCAUGAGCGAGGAGGAGUACAAGGCCUUCACCGCUUCCGAGGAUCACUAGAUGGGGGAGACACUUGCAAGGGAGCGGUGCGGAAAAUUCGGGGAGCCUGGACACAUAUGGGUUCUGCACAUGGCGACGUCGGCGGCGGC